UCCCCUUUGCGAUCUCUCUUUCUCUCUCUCUAACUAUUGUUCUCCUUGUUUCAAAUGGAUCCACAAGAACAAAUCUCAUCAAGCUCCUCUUCCGGAAACCCUAGAGAUGAUCUGAAACCGUUAUACCUCUUCCCAAACACGCCCUUAAACCCUAUUUACGACGACUUCAUUGAGCCUUUACCUCUCAUCGAUCUGAUCAACUCAAAUACUAAUAAAGAAGAGGAAGAGGACGAGGAAGAAGAUGAUGAAGAAAACGAGUACGAGAAUGACGAUGAAGUGAACUUGUCCUUACACAUCGGCCUUCCUGAGUACUAUCCUUCAAAAUGUAAGAAGAGGAGGAGGAAGAAGAAGAAAAAGGAGAAAGAGAAAGAGAUCGCCAUUGAUGAGGUUGGAGAAGGUCACGUGGUUUCCGGCAAGCCGUACUGGAUUCCGACAGCGGAGCAAAUACAUAUAGGGUUUACUCAUUUUACUUGCCAUGUCUGCUUCAAGUCAUUCAACCGCUACAACAACCUUCAGAUGCACAUGUGGGGACAUGGUUCACAAUACAGAAAAGGCCCAGACUCACUAAAGGGCACACAACCACGAGCAAUGCUAGGGAUCCCAUGCUUCUGCUGCGUCGAGGGCUGCAAGAACCACAUCGACCACCCGCGUUCCAAGCCGCUAAAAGACUUCAGAACGCUCCAAACGCACUUCAAACGCAAACACGGCCACAAACCCUACGCCUGCCGCUCCUGCGGCAAGCAACUCGCCGUCAAGGGCGAUUGGAGAACGCACGAGAAGAACUGCGGCAAACGCUGGGUCUGCGUUUGCGGCUCCGAUUUCAAACACAAGCGCUCCCUCAAGGACCACGUCAGGGCCUUCGGAUCCGGUCACGGUCCGUACCAGACCGGGCUGUUCGACGACAAUGUGGCGGUUCUUGAUCGCGCCACUUCGUCUUUGUCCGAGACUAACGUGUUCUCGUACAACAGCUACAGGUAGACGACGUCGUUUCAUUGCAUGGAUUUUGGAUUUUUCGUCACGUGCGGUUUCGUAAGUGAUGAUGAUUUGGAUAAGAUUGUUCUACUGUUGUGGGUUGCAUGUGUUUAAUCCGGAUUCCGAAGUGCUUAUAAUAUAGAGUAAGCUAUGUUCGAUGGAUUGGUCUUUUCGAGUGCUGUCUCGUCAAUAAAC